UUAAGCUGAUAAAAUGCAGCAACGGAUAGAAGUUGAACAAGUGGUUUCUGGUAUCAAAACGACUGGUCGCUAUAGAAGAGAUAGGAAUUGGGAGGUGUGUCGUCACUCGAAGCCAUGGCUCUUCAAAUUUCAUCCUCUCUCUACUCUUCCGUCCGCGAUGUUUGUUUCUUGGAUUCAGCAAGAACCCAGUUCAUCCCUCGGCUUCCCCUUUUGAAUUUCCCUCAAAUUGGGACAACCUUUGCCAGUGGUUCUCCUCUGUUGAUAUGGAGAACGUCUCACCAAAAGAAGCUUGUAUCCAAAGCAACUUCAGUUUCCAUAAAAUGUGAGCAAAGUACCAAAGAUAGCAAUAGUUUGGAUGUCUGGCUAGGUCGAUCGGCAAUGGUUGGCUUUGCAGUGGCUAUUACUGUUGAAAUAACAACAGGCAAAGGACUCUUGGAGAAUUUUGGGCUUGUAUCCCCCUUGCCAACGGUUGCCUUGGCAGUUACAGCGUUGGUGGGCGUUCUGACAGCGAUUUUUAUCUUUCAAUCUGCCUCUAAGAACUGAUCGCGCUCGAUAUUUUUGGUUGGUGUUAGUAAAUCCUGUAAUUUCUAAGAUACAUUCUUGCUUUCUUGUUCACUAUAUGUAAUUUUCUCUCUCGGUGUGAACAAAAACAACACUCGAAAAUGUACAAGUAAUGGAAACAUCCUUCAUGUUAAAGGCAUGCCUCCAUGCGCUUGCUGUUAUUGUAUUUUCGUCUGUAAUUUUAAUGAUCUUGAUCAAUGACAUAGUUACCUCAACCAUAA